UCCUUCUCCUCAAGCAAAGUCAUCACUUUCACCAAAUGUCAGAUUCCAUUCACCGGAGAAGAGUUCCGAAUCCGGUCGGGAACGGUGGUGGUCGGAGCUCCAGGACGAGAUGGACGGCGGCGAAACAGCAAGUUUCCGACAAGAAGAACCGAACAAAAUAUACCAAUCGGGUUUUCGAAAGAAGCUUCUCAGAGCCGAGUCUCAAUCGCCGUCGCGACGGAGACAGUAAUUUCUUGCGGCGACCAUCGCCGAUGAGCGGUUUACCGACGGAAGAAUCUGAUCCGAAUAUCGUCUGCUUGCCAAGGAUUCGCUCUGAGGUUUUCGCUUCUUCUCCAUCGUUGUUGAGCUUAUCUUCGCCGUCCUCUCAUGAGGGUAAUAAACUGCAAGCAGCAAAAGUAGUGAUUAAUGUAGCAGUUGAAGGAAGCCCUGGACCUGUAAGAACAAUGGUUAAAUUGAGUUGUAACGUCGAAGAAACGAUCAAACUCGUCGUUGAGAAAUAUUGUGAAGAAGGACGAACACCUAAACUAGAUCAAGGUGCUGCCUUUGAAUUGCAUCAAUCUCAUUUCAGCAUCCAAUGUUUGGAAAAACGAGAAAUAAUUGGAGAAAUAGGAAGUAGAAGCUUCUACAUGAGAAAGACAGUUAAUGAAGCAGGAGUUACGUUCUCCGGGAUUACUCCGGUAAGAACGAACCUUAUUCCAUCGUCAAAUUUGAUCGAAUCGUGCAUUGCUCAGAUUAUUGGGAAAAUCUUAAGGAGAACGAGAAAGUUAUGGAACAUAUUGUUAGGAUUCUCUAGAGUAAUGUUGGAUUCUAGGCUAAGAUUCUUCCUUCACAAGUGUGUAGCGCUUGGACAGGCCAAGCAACUCCACGCACAGUUAGUUGUGAACCGCCGUGACUACCUUGAGUCCAUCUUAGUCCACCAAACUCUUCACUUCACAAAGGACUUCUCUAGAAAUGUGGUGAACUAUGUCAAAAGAAUCCUCAAGGUGUCCACAACUUCCAAAAGUCUGGAUACUUUCUCGUGGGGAUGUCUUGUCAGGUUCUUGAGCCAGCACAGGAAGUUUCAAGAGACGGUUGGUUUGUACAUCGAAAUGCACAACUCUGGAAUCCCUCCGAGUUCACAUGCCAUGACCUCAGUGUUGAGAGCUUGUGGUAAGAUGGAGAAUAUGAUUGAUGGUACCUCGUUUCAUGCUCAGGCUCUUAAAAGUGGAUUAUGUGGUUGUGUCUAUGUUCAGACUGGUCUGGUGGGUUUGUAUUCUAGACUCGGUUACAUUGAGAUGGCAAAGAAGGCUUUUGAUGAUAUUGCUGAGAAGAACACAGUUUCGUGGAACUCGCUGUUACACGGGUAUCUUGAAAGUGGGAAUCUAGACGAAGCUCGCAGGGUCUUUGACAAGAUUCCAGCGAAAGAUGUGGUGUCAUGGAAUCUAAUCAUCUCGAGCUAUGCAAAAAAAGGUGACAUGAGCAAUGCAUGCUCUUUGUUUCUAGCGAUGCCUUUGAAAAGCCCGGCUUCUUGGAAUAUUUUGAUCGGCGGGUAUGUGAAUUGCAGGGAGAUGAAACUAGCAAGAACCUACUUCGAUGCAAUGCCCCAGAAGAAUAACGUCUCCUGGAUUACAAUGAUUUCAGGGUACACAAAAUCGGGAGAUGUUCAGUCUGCCGAGGAACUUUUUAGACAGAUGUCCAAGAAAGACAAACUCGUUUAUGAUGCCAUGAUAGCUUGUUAUGCUCAAAACGGCCAGCAAAAGGAUGCUCUGAAGCUAUUCUCUCAGAUGCUUGAAAGCAACACAUGUAUUCAACCGGAUGAGAUCACACUCUCAAGUGUUGUAGCAGCUAAUUCACAACUUGGUGAUACAAGUUUUGGUACAUGGGUGGAGUCUUAUAUAACCGAACAUGGAAUCCAAAUCGAUGAUCUCUUAAGUACCUCUCUGAUUGAUCUUUACAUGAAAGCCGGAGACUUUGACAAGGCAUUCAAAUUGUUCAACGAUCUAAACAAAAAGGAUACAGUUUCUUACUCAGCUAUGAUCAUGGGAUGCGGGAUAAACGGCAUGGCUACAGAAGCAAACAGCUUGUUUAGAGAGAUGAUCGAAAAGAAGAUUCCUCCAAAUCAAGUAACAUUCACAGGGCUAUUAUCAGCGUAUAGCCAUUCGGGUUCGGUUCAAGAAGGCUACAAAUGUUUCAACUCCAUGAAAGACUACAACCUGGAACCUUCAGCUGAUCAUUAUGGGAUAAUGGUGGAUAUGUUGGGACGAGCCGGGAGGCUAAAGGAAGCAUAUGAGCUGAUCAAGAGUAUGCCGAUGCAGCCAAACGCUGGAGUUUGGGGAGCCUUGCUUUUAGCCAGUGGGUUACACAACAACGUUGAGUUUGGGGAGAUUGCGUGCAGCCACUGCGUUGAACUGGAGACUGAUCCUUCUGGUUAUCUUUCGUAUCUUGCUAAUAUCUAUACUUCUGUUGGUAGAUGGGACGAUGCAAGGAAGGUAAGAGCGACGAUGGAAGAGAAGAAACUGCGUAAGACACUUGGGUGUAGCUGGAUCUAAGCAGGGCCAUGCCUAUGGAUAUAGAUUUCCGGUGUGAAAGAGAUAGACAAACUUUUCAAAUCAUUUUUGUGUAUUUGGGUUUAGAAUCA